AUUUCGUAUCGUUUACUAUCCAAUGGCUGAACGCAUGAAGCCGUGGAUUCCCAUCGUUUGCAUUUGGCUUUUGGCCACAAUCUGUGUCUUACCAACAAUGGUGUCGAUGAGGAUAAUGACAUACUUCUCACCCAAUCAUCUUAUUCACUGUCGGAUAGCGUUUCCGUCGACUUACUUCUCGAAGGGUCCGUUCAGGAAGUUUAGGGCAGCUUUCGUGAUGAUCACCCAAUACGCCAUCCCUCUCAUCAUUGCUAUCAUUUUAUAUGCAUUUUGUAUAAUAAAAAUCAUUUCACGCAAAAGACUCGGCGCAGUGACUGACCAACAAAGCCGAGAGUUUUGCCGAUCUAAACGGCGGACAAUUCAAAUGCUAACCAUCGCUCUGUUGGCGUUUGCCAUCGCAUGGCUGCCCGUCCAUCUGAUCCAUAUGAUCGACUUCUACAUCACACCAUUGCUGCCCAACGACUGUAAUUUUUCUCCGUAUUACCUCUUCGUCUACUGGUUGGCCGUCAGUUCCGUCUGUUUUAAUCCAUUCAUAUACUGCUAUCUCAACAACGACUUUAGAUCUGCGGCCAAAUCCGUGCUUAUGUGUCGCUUUGGACGCCGAGAGGUCGCCGGCAGUCGAGUGCUUCUCCAGUCAAAGAGUUCCCGACAGAACUCAAACACCAGUUCCUCUAUAUUUUAUGUGAACGUCAAUGAAUGGAUGAUUACCAUGAUCAUGUAUUAUUUAGAUAAGAGCGUCAGUAGUCUAACAAGCGUUAUGCCAUAUCUGUCCGAGAGA